ACAAGAGAAUAGAUAAGAUGCAAGAGACGCGGGCGGGUUGAAGGCUCCCAGCCCAUCUAUAAAAAGGGCAGAGCAUCAUGCAGUUCAGCAGUUGACUACAAAGAGAGCAACAUACAUCCAUAGAGAGAAAGAGAAGACAUGGCAACCAGAACUCCAAAGCUUGUGAAGCACACAUUGUUGACUCGGUUCAAGGAUGAGAUCACACGAGAACAAAUCGACAGCUACAUUAAUGACUAUACCAAUCUGCUCGAUCUCAUUCCAAGCAUGAAGAGUUUCAAUUGGGGCACGGAUUUGGGCAUGGAGUCUGCGGAGCUAAACCGAGGAUACACUCAUGCCUUUGAAUCUACAUUUGAGAGCAAGUCAGGUUUGCAAGAGUACCUCGAUUCUGCUGCUCUUGCUGCAUUUGCAGAAGGAUUUUUGCCUACUUUGUCACAGCGUCUUGUGAUAGACUACUUUCUCUACUAAAUGCUCAGGAGUAACGACUUCGGCCGGGCUAUUUCAUGGGAAUAAAGUAAUGUAAUAUGCAAUAAAUGCUGGUUUUGAACCACUGAAUGUUCGUGUUUUGAUUUCUUGUUUGUGCUGUGCUAUGUGAAGGGAGUGCUGCUAUUCCUUAAAAAUAAAACCCUUGGGGUUGAGUUGUAAUUUUUCAA